GGCAAAUUCCGUCCCCAUCUUGUUACUUCUCAGACUUCAGAAUCGAGUAUUCGAUCGCGUGUGUUGGACAUGUUUAAUCUCCUGGCUCGCGUAUGCCUAGCGGCAACGAUCCCUUAUGCAGCGGUUGGUGUAUUACCUUCCUACAUAAAACCGUGCAAGAAAUUAGAUCCAGACAUUAACAAUUGCAUAACGCAUUCUAUUGAGGAUCUACGAAGUCAAUUGGCACAAGGUAUUCCCGAACUAGAUGCACCUGCAAUAGAACCACUGAAACUGAAGCAAAUAAGAUUGUUGAAAGGACCUAUUGGGGCUCGUUUAGAUAUUAAUAUAACAGACCUGGUGGUUACCGGACCAUCAUCAUUUAAAGUUCGCGAGCUAAAAGCAGAUGUAGAUGAAGUUUCAUUCACUUUCAAGGUCAGUUUCGAUAAACUUAGUUUCCGUGGACAGUACCAGAUUGAUGCAAGAAUUCUACUAUUAACGCUGACGGGAAGUGGAGAUCUCACUGGAGACUUUACGGGAUACGAUUCAAAUGUGAUUCUUCGAGCACACAAAGUAUUCAGAGAUAACGAUGUGUACCUGACCUUCGACAAAAUGAAAUUGGCUAUCAGAAUUGGCGCAGCGAAGGUUCACCUUAACAAUCUUUUUGGAGGCGAUCCAAUCCUCGGGCCAGCAACUAACCAAGUUUUGAACGCAAAUAGUGGAUUGCUGCUUGAUGAACUGAAACCAGUAUUGGAAACUUCGCUAGCAGACCUUUUUACGGAUGUAGCAAACAAAAUAACGAAAUCAUUUACAUAUAAGGAAUUGUUUCCCGAUAAUUAAAGCUUGUUCAUUAAGGGGUCGUUAAUAAUUUUGUAAUUAUAUAAAUUUGUAUAAUUUGCAAUUUAAGAUUGUUUCUGUUCUUUCUGUACCAUAUUGAGUGCAGUUAAUGUAUGGCUAAAGAAUAAGGUACAUAUAGUCUAGGUGUGUCGACGUGAUUCGCGAGAAAUUGGCAGCUCAUAAGAAAUACAACACCAGGACGAUCAUUCCAAAGAAAGUCAAGAAGAAAACCAUCGACUAGAAGUGGAUUUUAAAGAAAUUUGUCGACGCAACUGGACAAGUGUAUGAAUACAAGGCUCGCCUGUGUGUGCUAGGUUUUCAACAAGAAAAGAGAGUCGACUCCAUCGAGACGUUCUCAGCGAAGAACAGAUUGUGAAAGCCCAAGAUGAUUCACCCCCACCUUCACAGUGGAAUUGCCGGGAUCAUUUGAUUGUGACGCGAGAGAGCCUGAAACUGCCAAUUGAGAAGAAACCAAUGCAGAGUUAGUUGGUCGUAUGGUGGGAUUUGAAUUAUAAUCAUCGGAAUGCAACAAAACGAGUCUCUGUCAUUAUGGGUAAAUUAAAGUUGUCAUCUUACCACUGGAGAAUGUUAGAAAUCGAUGAAGUAUAAAAUUAAAUGUGUUGAAAAUCAUCCAAAUAUCAGCUGGCAAACCUAUAAUUUCUUCCUUCAGCUGAAGAAUAAUGAAAGACCCAUCCAGUGAAGAAUGACAGCAUGAAAGAGUGCAGUACAGACUGUUUGGAGAAAGACAACUGCCUCACAGUACGUGCGAAGAUGUUGUCACCAGCUUAUAUCCUUGCCAUGUGACCUCAAACCGUCAUAUUUUUCACCUAGUUCCUGUGGUUUCACUUAAUAAAAUUUCUCACUUUGGUCCUUGCUGUAUUAAUUUUACACUUUUGAAUGUUUUUUUA